AUGUGCUCCUCAAACACCCUGAGCUCUGUGAAGAUCAGUAUGCCUGACUACGUACGUUACCUAGAGGGUGCAAAAAUGCAUGAUGCGUUCUACUCUGUGCUUGCUCGGAACGCCACUGAUACAAAGAUUGAGAGUCUUGAUAUCGAUGACAUUAAACUCAGUCAACGUCAGUCUGCAUCGCGUGAUCUCGCUCAGUUCAUUUGUAAGAUGCCUCAUCUCAGGGAACUUCAUCUCGGUGGUGCAUACAGAAACAUCAGUCCCUCGCUUCAUGACGAGUUCUAUUCAACGUUGUCAUCAUUAGCAUCGUCUGCAAAGCAUACAACUUGCCUGCCGACCUGUUUCCGCACCUGCCAUGCUCCUCUUUGCACCUCCAUUAUUGAGUAUCUUGACAUCAGAUACAUUGAUCUCAGUCAACGUCUGUCUGCAUUAAGUGAUCUCGCUCAGCUCAUUUCAUCAUCUGCAAAGAUUGAGAUUCUUCAUCUCAGUGAGAAUCUCAGUGAACGUCCAUCUGCAUCACGUGAUUUCGCUCAAUUCAUCUGUAAGAUGAAUCAUCUGAAGAACCUCACACUCUACGGUCAGUAUCAUGAUGACUUCUACUCAACAGCAUCGUCGAUGGCAUCAACUUCAAAGAUUGAGAUUCUUCAUCUCAGUGAGAAUCUCAGUGAACGUCCGUCUGCAUCACGUGAUCUCGCUCAGUUCAUCUGUAAGAUGAAUCAUCUGAAGAACCUCACACUCUACGGUCAGUAUCAUGAUGACUUCUACUCAACAGCAUCGUCGAUGGCAUCAACUUCAAAGAUUGAGACUCUCAAUGUCUUUGGUCAUCUCAGUGAACGUUCGUCUGCAUCACGUGAUCUCGCUCAGUUCAUCUGUAAGAUGAAUCAUCUGAAGAACCUCAAACUCUGCAGUCAGUAUCAUGAUGACUUCUACUCAACAGCAUCGUCGAUGGCAUCAGCUUCAAAGAUUGAGAUUCUUCAUCUCAGAGAGAAUCUCAGUGAACGUCCAUCUGCAUCACGUGAUUUCGCUCAAUUCAUCUGUAAGAUGAAUCAUCUGAAGAACCUCACACUCUACUACGGUCGGUAUCAUGAUGACUUCUACUCAACAGCAUCGUCGAUGGCAUCAACUACAAAGAUUGAAAUUCUUCAUCACAAUGAGAAUCUCAGGAAACGUCCGUCUGCAUCACGUGAUCUCGCUCAGUUCAUCUGUAAGAUGAAUCACCUGAAGAACCUCAAACUCUGCGGUCAGUAUCAUGGUGACUUCUACUCAACAGCAUUGUCGAUGGCAUCAACUAUAAAGGAUGACUGCAACACGAGCUCAAAUGUGACUGAUCUGACCGUUACUGAUUAUACACUAGAAGAAUGGCAGGAUUGUGGAUCGAUGUUUGACAAUGUGAAGAGAUUCACCAUACAGGUAUGGGACACGAUUACAUGUGACGUCAUCCAGAGGAUCCAUCUACCAGCAGCGACAGAGCUCACCAUUCAAACACGUGAGCGUGUGAACCAACUGGCUUCUCUCCACGAUGAUCCCACUUCACUACCAAAUGCACUUCACAAGGUCUCAUCUCAGCUUGUCAAGGUCACAUUCAGAGAUCUCAACAUCGGUAAUAGUGAGGUUAGAGACAUCAUUCAAGCUUUCAGAUCAUCGGACGAGAAACUUCUGAAGAUCUUAAGGUAUGAUAUAUUCAGUUUAUUUAAUACUCCGUUUGGUCAUGACGAGCGUUUAUCGGUUGAUAUAUAG